AUGCAAGGACAGCGACUGGACGCACAAUCAUUGAACGACAUGCGGCGCGAGCCCCUUGAAAGUUCGGAGUUGCACGGAACGCUCGAUGAAGCGCGCGACUCAUCGUUCUUUUUUCAACGCAGCGGUGUGUCGCGCGGCUCGGAGCACGCGAGACGAAAAGAUGAGAUGGAUCACUCUCACGUCAAUUCCGCGUCCCAGAAGGAUUCAGCUGGCAGUCGUGCGCGACACUCCGGUCGUGCAGCAACAACAACAGAGGGGCGAUCAAAACUCGGCCCUCUUGCGGUUUCCCGGGUUCCAACGGCCGACCUGCAUUCCGUAGAAGAUUCUUAUCUGCUCCUCAGCAAAGUUCCCGAUUUUCCCGAGAACGCUUACAGUCACGGACGCAAAGUGGAUUCUGAAUCGAACUUGCGGCAUUAUCCGACAUUUCGAACACCAAAUUGUUCAAAAAAUCCGAAAGAUCGUUCGGAAACGCCGCGAUGUGAUUUGACAACUCGAGAUGAUUCGUGCAGAGAUUCGAACGACCUCUUCGAAUCGAUGAGUCCAGUAAAAGUUCCUGACAUCUCCAAACCUUCACGAAGUCAUCAAAAACACCACCAGCAGCGAACUCAAGAAAAACCGGCAACGUCCCUAUCCGAAGCUGUUGAAGCGGUUCGGCGAACUUCUCAUCCCAAAUCGGAUGUGAAGCGCUUCCUCGACGCGAAACCUCCAGUUUCAUCGGCUGUUUCCUUCGCAAAGAGAGGAAGCACAACGACUGUAACAGGGAGCACGUGGUCGCGAAAAACGGAAUCCGUUGAUUCAUUCAAUGACUUUCUGCUUCCUCCAACAUCAAGAGCGAGUGGUAGGAGAUCAACGAUUACGAAUUUCUUAAAAGAGGAGGCUGAAGCAGAAAACGUCCCCGUGAUUAAACUAAUUUUUGAUUCAAAGCCGAAGCUAAGGCUUUCGGAUUUCGAAUUAAACGCUACAGUUGGCGCAGGAACAUUUGGACGAGUGCGCAUGUGCAAGCUCAAGCAUUGUGAGGAUCGUAGUCCCCUUGCUUUAAAAAUCUUGAAGAAGAGCGAAGUUAUCCGAUUAAAGCAAGUUGAGCAUGUUAAGUCAGAAAAGGAUAUUCUCAAACGGAUCCAUCAUCCAUUCAUUGUCAAUCUCUAUGCAACAUUUCAAGAUAGUAGACGACUUUUCAUGGUGAUGGAAUUUGUUCAUGGGGGAGAGUUGUUUAGCUACUUGAAGAAAGAAGGCCGUUUAGACAACGCUGGUGGUCGAUUCUAUGCGUCUGAAAUUACAGUUGCUUUGCAAUACCUUCAUUCUCUAGACAUCGCUUACCGUGAUCUAAAACCAGAAAACUUGCUCAUCGACGGGGGAGGGCAUGUCAAGAUCACAGAUUUCGGUUUUGCGAAGGUCGUGAAGGAUCGAACAUGGACCGUUUGUGGAACCCCAGAAUACCUCGCUCCUGAAGUAAUUCAAAGCAAGGGACACGGAAAAUCUGUGGAUUGGUGGGCUCUUGGUAUUCUGAUUUACGAGAUGCUUGCUGGGUAUCCUCCUUUUUUUGACGAAAAUCCAUUCGGUAUAUACGAGAAGGUCCUUGCUGGAAAGAUCAACUUUCCCCGCUACAUUGAUAUUCGGGCAAAGGAUCUUAUCAAACGUCUUUUGUCACACGAUCGUGCUAAACGUUUCGGUUGUUUGAAGGGAGGAGCUGAAGACAUAAAGCGGCAUAAAUGGUUCAAGUCUCUAGAUUGGACCAAGUGUAUCAAGCAACAGCUAACGCCGCCUUUCGUUCCCUCCACAGCAUGCGAUGAUACAUCGAUGUUCGACAAAUAUCCCGAAAGCAGCGAAGGUUCUGCUCCUUCUGUUAGUUCUGCUGAGCAAGAAUUGUUCGCAGACUUUUGA